AUGUCGACGACGGGAGAAAACCCCCAUAUGGAUCUGGAUCCUAAAUAUGACGAUUACGACUUCCCUACGACUGCUCCGGAGAAUCAGUCAGGUCAUCCCGGCCACACCACCAAGGAACAAGAUGCCCAAGUCCACCAGCUGCGAGCCAUGCUCGAGAAGGAAGGCUACAAGGCCCGGUUGGACACCUUGACACUGCUACGCUUUUUGAGGGCGCGCAAGUUCAACGUCGAGAACGCCAAGGCGAUGUUUAUCAAGAACGAGCAAUGGCGGAAAGAAUUCGGCACCGACGACCUGGUUCGAACCUUUGACUACAAGGAGAGGCCCCAAAUGUUUGAAUACUACCCACAGUAUUAUCACAAAACUGACAAGGACGGCCGCCCAGUCUAUAUUGAACAGUAUGGCAAGAUCGAUUUGAAUGCCAUGUACAAAAUCUCUACCGCAGAGCGAAUGGUUCAAAACCUGGUUGUUGAGUACGAGAAGGUUGCCGACCCGCGUUUGCCCGCUUGCUCGCGGAAGGCAGGCAAGCUUCUCGAGACAUGCUGCACCAUCAUGGACAUGAAGGGUGUUGGGGUGGGCAGAAUUCCCUCGGUCUACGGCUACCUCAAAUCUGUCAGCGCCAUUUCGCAGGACUACUAUCCGGAGCGACUGGGCAAACUGUACAUCAUCAAUGCCCCGUGGGGUUUCAGCAGCGUCUUCAGUUUUGUCAAAUCCUUCCUCGACCCCAUCACCGUCGCCAAAAUUCACGUCCUCGGUUCAGGUUACCAGAAGGAAUUACUGGCUCAGGUUCCCGCAGAAAACCUUCCGAAGGAGUUUGGCGGCACCUGCGAGUGCCCAAGUGGAUGUCAAUUCAGCGAUGAAGGCCCUUGGCAAGAUCCUGCAUAUGCAAAGCCACCGAAAUGGGCGAGGAACGAUCCCGUUACCGACAGGGAAGCCAACAAUACGGUUCAACCGGCUCCAGGAGGUGGUGCCCAGGACCCGCUAACAAAGCCAGAACCCGCCCCAGCUACAGCACCUGCGCAAGCCGAAAACGUGCCUUCUGAAGGACCCAAGAUGCCCUUGGAGGAUUCACACGCAACAGGGUUCGGGACGACAGGAUCAGGGAUGAACUAG